GGAACGUGUGGUAGAGGGCCGUGAUCCUUUGUGAUUGAGCUUGAGGCAGACAUGAAGCACAGCGCUAACCGGAACGGUACUGACCUUGCGUCUUGACAGGUCCCGUAAGCAUCCACUCAGACCUGAGGAAAGGCAUUAUGAAAAAGCUCCAUCCCAGAGUUCUUAUCAUGGUCAUAGGUCUUUGCUUUACCGGAGCAGCAGCAAACCCAUCAAGGAAAAGCGACAUUUUCCUCCGUGCUGAGGACCAGUGGAACGAGCAUCCUGUGGCAAAUUGUUCUGCCACAUACAAGGACGCAUCACAGAGAGCUAGGAUGGACGUCCGCUUCUGUUCCUUUAGAGUUCUCAUCCAGUCUCACACCAAGAACGAGCAGAACAGAAAACAUCUGGACCUCAGUAACCAUCUCAUAUCAAAAAUGACCUUAUGCGCUCCUGCACAUUGGUGCACUGUGGAAAUACUCAACCUCAGCAACAAUGGCAUCCUCUCCAUCUCGUGGGCUCUGCCUACGCUUCCCGCCUCGCAGCUGAAACUCCAAACCAGCAGCAUCGGAAAUGGGCUUCCGUUUCUAAUUAAGGUACUAAAUCUUCAAAGAAAUGAACUUCGUGCCCCUCCCCGAGGACUAUGGAGACUGAAGUCACUGCAAAGUUUGGAUCUGUCAUUCAACAGGAUAUCGCAGCUCAGGCCGAGUGAUUUUCAUAACUGCCUGCGACUGGAGAAUAUCAAUUUAAAGAGCAACAAGAUAUUCAAAAUUCACCCAGAAGCCUUCAAGGACCUCAAAAACUUACAGGUCGUAGACCUCAGCAACAAUGCUCUCACCACUAUGCUACCAUUGCUGACCAUCGCUCUAGAAUUUCCCCAUCUGGAAGUAGACCUGGCUGGUAACCAGUGGCAGUGUGGGGAUGGCACUGUGGACUUCCAAAAUUUCAUUCCUGAAUCGUGGCAGCACAGCUGGAAUGAGAUUUGUAACAAGUCUACAGGAAACAAGGGGGCAUAUUUGGAGACCCCCCAGAUCAGAACUUCCAGGGAGACCCACCUUCCUCCUUCUCCUUGGAAUCCUGUGGAAAGCCUCAUCCCAAGUGAAGCAGCGAGACCCCAGGAAGGAACGAGGGUGCUUGUUCCCACCCCGAGGAAGGAGGCAGUGGCUGGCUCUGCUCUUGGGAAGAUACAGGCCCAGCAGCCCCCAGGGGUCAGAACCCCCCGAGAUGGAGAAGCUGAUAGCCGAAAGGAGGACGAUCCCCCAGACCCCGCCCUGGCCAUCUGCCUGUCAGUGCUGAUCACAUUCGUGGUUGCUUUCUGCUUGGGGGCUUUUGCAAGGCCUUACAUUGACAGGCUCCGGCAACAGAGGUGCCUGAACAAGAGCCCCGCUUCAGAGAAUGUCUUUUCAAAUGAGGGCUUCUCUGAUGACAUCGUCGCUGCCAGGGGUGUGCGACCCCAACAGAGCGAUCCGCACCAAGCUUCCCACCAUCCACACCGCAAUGAGAACCAGAGCCCUGCCAUGGCCAGUCCUUGCCGGACUCCGGGAAAGGAGUCCGGCCGUCAGCAGAGUCCAGCAAAACUGGACAGCACUGGGGUAAGAAGUCGAGAGGACGACACGCUUCCAAAUGGCUGGACACCACAUUCUACUCUCCAGAGAUACGGAAGUGCUGACAACCACGAACCGAUUGCAUCAGCGCAGGACCACAUCUAUGAUAAUGCUACUCUCGAUUAUGAUACUGUGGCCCAGGAACAUUCUCCCCGCUCCGGCUCCAUCACUAGCACAGGACAGACUGUCUCCGGCUCCACCCGCAGUGGGUGGAAUGAAUCAGAUCUGUCCCACACGAGAGAAUUUGCAGCAUCCCUCCCCAGAAUUCACAGAAGCACACACGGGACCGGAGAGAGUCAGGAAACGGGGUGCCCUGAACGGUCACCUUUGGAAACUAUGGGCUCACAGAUGGAAUCUUGUAAGGAAAUGCAGGUGAGAAAUUGUGUCAGCGUGCUGGGCACACAUCAGCCAAGGCCCCAGGAGGUCAGUACAGAUGACUCAGCCAUUUAUAGUGAGGUCACAUACGAUGGCACAAGACAGGUAGACCCACUGGCCCUUCUGCCAUGGUGGGACCCCAGCGCCACCCGUGCUCCUGAGAAGCCAGUGGAGAAAGAGUGUCCUCUUGACCCUCAUUAUGACGAUAUGGAGACCAACUACGAGUCUGAUUCUGAGGAGGGGUCUCUGUUUACCCUUAGCUCAGAGGGUUCCACGGACUCGGCGAGGGUGACAGAAGAACAGGCCCCUGGCAGGGGCAAUGGUGGUGCCAGUCAGUCCCUGCCAGCUGGGAAUUCAGGGGAACACAAGGACAGUGUGACAUCAGUAGGAAGUCUUGAGGACAGCUUUCCCUUCCAAAGGACUCUGGAGGAAUACAACACCCACGAAGAGGCUUCUGGAAACCCUUUCCUUCCCGGUGCCGACUCUGGUCUGUAUGAGACUCGCCUAGAAAGUGCUGCUAACACCAGUGGGCCUGAGGAUUCAUUAACCUGGUCCAGAUCGCUGGACCAGACACGGAGACCUUCAUGUCACGAGACCCCAGGCACGUUCAUACGUGAUUAUGACGUGGCGCCCCAGUCCCAGGAAGUGGACUGGCAUUGUUCACCCCGGCACCUACAGUUUUUCAAUGUGGAUAUUCCUCCACCAUCACCACCCUAUUCUACCUCAGAUGCUUAGAUCCCGUGGCAUCUGCCAUGAAGGAUGUACAGACAUUUGUAAAUACGAACCUUUCAUUCAGGGAAUAGACAGCUCAGGAUAUACCUGUCAGCCUCAGAAGAGGGAAUCACCAGAGACUCUUACAAGAUUUUCAAGGGGGGCAUGUUGAUUCCAACCAGGUAUCAACGAGGGGCCUGCACACCCACUACAAGGCUGGCUUCAGGACCAUCAUAACCAAGCUCAAUUGUUAGACUCCUAAGGCGGAGCUAGAGAGAUGGCUCAGGCCAUUAAAGGAAGGCACUUUGCCAACUAAGUCUGCCAGCCUAAGUUGUUUCU